GACGCGCCCGCGCGCGCGGGGUUCGGCGGGAGGGUGCGGCGAUGGAGGGCGCUCUGACGGGCCGCCAGGUAGUAAAUGAAGGGGAUGCAAGCCUUGCCACGGCGCUACAGGAAGAGGCUGAGGAAAAUCCUAGCCCCGUUGUGGAUGAGAAUAAUACAGUGCCAGCCAAAAAACAGGGACCGAGCACACAUAAUUGGAGCGGUGACUGGAGCUUUUGGAUCUCGAGUUCCACCUAUAAAGACAGGAAUGAGGAAUACAAACAGCAGUUCACACACCUGCCGGACUCAGAGAAGUUGAUAGCAGAUUAUGCUUGUGCCCUUCAGAGGGAUAUUUUGCUUCAGGGGCGGCUGUACCUUUCAGAAAACUGGCUUUGUUUCUAUAGCAACAUCUUCAGAUGGGAAACUACGAUUUCUAUUGCUUUAAAGAAUAUAACCUUUAUGACCAAGGAGAAAACUGCUCGACUCAUCCCAAAUGCUAUCCAGAUCAUCACUGAGGGCGAAAAGUUUUUCUUUACGUCUUUUGGUGCCAGAGACAGAAGUUACCUGAGCAUAUUUAGGUUGUGGCAGAAUGUGUUAUUAGAUAAGAGCCUGACCAGACAGGAAUUCUGGCAACUGCUCCAGCAGAACUAUGGCACGGAGCUGGGCUUAAAUGCUGAAGAAAUGGAAAACUUGUCAUUAUCAAUAGAAGAAAAUGUGCAGCCAAGAAGUCCAGGAAGAAGCAGUGUGGAUGACCCCGGAGAAAGAGAUGAAAAGUUCUCCAAAGCUAUCAGCUUAACGCAAGAGUCCAUCAGCCGAGUUUCAGAAACCGAGUCCCUGGAUGGAAACUCACCGAACAGAGAGUUAGGAAAAGAAAAGCCCCAGAGUGAGAAACAUCUGAAAAAAAGCCUUUCGCUGGCUUCGGGAAAGAGGUUAAGUGGAGCGUCCUCCAAAUCACUGGACUUGAAUAAGAAUGAGUACCUUUCUCUGGACAAAAGCAGCACUUCAGAUUCUGUGGACGAAGAAAAUAUUCCUGAGAAAGAUCUUCAAGGAAGACUUUAUAUCAAUCGAGUUUUUCACAUCAGUGCUGAGAGAAUGUUUGAAUUGCUCUUCACUAGCUCACACUUUAUGCAGAGAUUUACUAAUUCUAGAAAUAUAAUAGAUGUGGUAUCUACCCCCUGGACAAUUGAGUCCGGAGGCGAUCAGCUGAGAACCAUGACCUACACUAUAGUCCUCAGUAACCCACUUACAGGAAAAUGUACCGCUGCCACGGAAAAGCAGACACUGUAUAAAGAAAGUCGGGAAGCACAAUUUUAUUUAGUAGAUGCAGAAGUACUGACACAUGAUGUUCCCUACCACGACUACUUCUAUACGUUGACUAGAUACUGUAUUGUCCGAUCUGCAAAGCAGAGAUGCAGGCUGAGAGUUUCCACAGACUUGAAAUACAGGAAACAGCCAUGGGGCAUUAUCAAGUCUUUAAUUGAGAAGAAUUCCUGGAGUUCACUGGAGAACUAUUUCAAACAGCUUGAAUCGGAUUUAUUAAUGGAAGAGCCUGUGUUGAAGCAAUCCAUUGAAGACCCUGGGAAACUCAGUAACCUGCGACGGAGAAGGCGGACCUUGAACCGAACAACCACAGAAACGGUUCCUAAGCCGCCCUCCUCGCGUUCUCCGAUAGAUGUGGGCUUCGAGGCCAGAGGGGACAUUACAGGAAAGAGAAAGACCGUGGAUAGCUGUGACACCACUCUGAUUAUGGUGAUGAGUGUUUUUUUGCUAUUGCUAGUUGUGCUGAAUGUGACGCUGUUUCUGAAGUUGUCAAAGAUAGAACACGCUGCUCAGUCUUUCUACCGGCUGCACCUCCAAGAAGAGAAAUCUUUGAAUUUAGCCUCUGAUAGGUUCUCAAGAACAGAAAAUAUUCAAAAGAACAAAGAUCAGGCCCACCGUUUAAAAGGAGUGCUCCAAGAUUCCAUAGUGAUGUUGGAACAGCUGAAGAGUUCGCUCCUUAUGCUUCAGAAAACCUUUGACUUGCUAAAUAGGAACAAGACUGGGGUGGCUGCAGAGAGCUAGUGCGAGAUGAGCCACCUGGGCCUACAAGACAACCUCCGGGAGGAAAUGGAGGAAGAAACCUGUUACUGUCACAGGGACAUUUCUGAUAUUUUUAUUGCUGGAUUUCUACUAGAACUUAUUUAAAUAACAUUUACUUGGUGAUUUCCCUCCAAUAGCCUUCAGACUCUGUCUGUUCACGUCUUACAGAUAUUUUUAAACUGUGAAUUUCUCCAGUGAACCAUGAAAUAUAUUUUAGAAUUGAAGUCCUGUGCCGCAAAAGGGGAAGGGAGCCACCCUGCACACGGUGGCUUCUCUUCUAUACUGAGGCUUGUAACUUGACCCUUUAAAUUUAUCUGUUAGCACAGACUCCCUGUGUGCCCAGUGGGCUGUGUUCAUCACUGCUGCGUUUAAGAGCCUAAAAAGCUAAAGAAGAAACCACUCAAUCAUUUCUCACUGUAGAGGGUCAGUUUCUAGGCCUGUACAUUCCAGGUUUGUGUCUUUAAAUACUACAGUCUCUUCAUGGAUCUGGCAUUGAAGGUCAGUGGUCAAACCCUUUGAACCUCUGUGUUUUCUGAAAGAUUCAUGGGCCAUGUUGUAUCUUACUGAAGGAAUACACACACACACCCCUUAUAUGUACCAAAGGUGAGAUUCUUCAUAUAUCAGACAGGACAGUAAUUUAGGAGAAGGCAGUAUGUAGGAUACCAAUGCUCAGAAUGAACUAUUUUUAGUUUUAGAAGCGAGAAGAUUAUGAUAAAACCUUGGCAUUUCAUGAAGGGUCAAAUGAAUCCAUGAACCCUGCUUGGAUUCAGCUUAGCAGUGCCCAUGGUGGAAGUGACCCAUCUGAUUGAAAAUAAUCUAUCAUUUUUCAUUCUUUACACAUGUGUGUAGUUUGUCUUGUUGGCAAAUCACAAACUGGGCUCCACAAUAAAGGCUGUGGGGGCACUUGAGCUCCACAAUAAAGCCUGUAGGGUACAUGCACACUGACUGAAGAGGCACAAGCUUGGGCUUUCAGGAAUGCUGCUUAGGCAUUUACCUCCGCACGAGAGGGUGCAAAAAUAAGGACUUUGGAACCUGACUUGAAACCAGCUCCGACCCUCAGGAUUUAGGAAAAGUUCAGGACAUAUUUAUUGUUUUGUUCUCUAGAGGUCUUUCUUUGGAAUAUGCACAUCAUGCACACAUACUACAUGUUUUUUUUUUGUUUGUUUGUUUUUUGAGA